AUCGAUGUUUUCUUGUUACGCAGGAUACCCCAAGAUGCGCACAUACAAAAUUGCUAGCAGUCUUUUAUCUGUUAGUGGACAACGGUAUCUAUAUACCAUGACCGAUUGCUAUUGACUUUGCUUCGACUAAACACAUUACAUAAUUUUCUUUGGUCUGUCUGGCUCGCGUGUUGCGACCGUUCCGCAGGCUCCUUCUGCUUCCGCCUAUUGUAUUUUUAGCAACUCGCCCCAGCAACAACCUUCGUGACCCGGAGUUACGGCCGCUGAUUGGCUGUUAACAUGAAGUGUCAAGGGCGUUGCAAGCUGAAUCAUGAUAGUCAUGUGACAUAAACAUUGCCACCUGGAUCUCACGUGUAUUCAAUGGACUAGGAGAUUUGUUUUAUUUAAUUCCUUUAUCUUUUUAUUUGUGUUGUAAAUAUUUCACUGAAAAGAGUUUAACAUUUUGGGAUGUAUCAUGUGUAUAUGAAAAGUACCUAAUAAUAUUUUGAAUGCUAGCUUUGCGAUUUUCCCCCAUGGAAUGCCUGCUUUGGUAGGCGGAUUCCGGUUGGAUAAUUCAGCCAUUUCAGGUACGUCAUACUCCGAGAUACUCCGUUUCAAACUGUCUUUUUUUCUUCAAAUUCCCUUCAACAAAAUAUCAAUCUGACAGAGUCAUUAUCAUAAUUUUUAACCUUAUUUUGUAUUAAAUUUCCAAUUUAUUUUCUUGAAGCACAUUAGUUCUAUAAAAAGUGCUAAAUACUAUUUGAACUUAAAAUGUAAGUGAAUCACCGGUAGCCACUAUACUGGUGCGCAUGCGUUAAGUGGGUUGACCUAAUUAACUGGAAAACCCCCUGUGUUUGACGUUUCGGCUUACCGACGAUUCUUAUGUGCUGUGUCAUGUUCUGUGUAAGAAAACGUAAACACAACAAAGUGUACUCGUGCCCCAUCUUGUUAUAAUCUAACGUCUAUGUUAUCUUCGUUGAUUAGGUACAUAACUAACUAUGAUAAACAAACGUGAUUAAAACAUUCUUUGAAGUCUGACUAGCUAUACUAAAAUUGCUACGUAGCCUUCGCCUGCAUUUACAUAUUCAAAUAAUCAUUCGAGUUAGAGGAGAAGGGGUACCAGUGCUGUUUUGUGUAAGGUUGUGUAACUGUAAUUUUGGUAAGCCGUAAAAGGCAUAGUUAAUAACCAUAAUUGUUGUUAAAACUCAAGAUUGUUCGAAGAUAGCGGGAGCGCAUUAGUGACAAUAAAUUGAUUAUUAUUGUUAGUUGUAACAGUAACACUAAGUUACUAGGCUGAGUAAGUCCAAAAAAUAAUAGAUUUUUUUAAAUUCUUAAAAUUAAAAAUAUUUUCAUUUGCUUCACUUAGGCCUAGGCUUUAGCCACUUUAGGCAGGCCAUAGACGACAUAGUCCUACUUCUAGUCCUAUUUUUUUUAAUGAAGUAAAUUGAAUUAGGCCUAGACCUGCAUGUAUCAAGUAUGAGAAUGAGCUAAAGCAAAGCUAGUACUAGUAUUUCAUUGAUAUUAUCAUGGCAUAUCAACACUACGAAUACGAAUUAGUAUAUUACUCAUUACUGUCAGUAAUCAGGACUGGGUAGUCCUAUUACUAGUAAGCUAAGUAGGUUAUGUGUGAUUUUUUAAUAACUUAAUUUCAAUUGAAUAAGACUAAACUUAAACCCUAUAGCCUAUACUAUAUUAUAUCAUAUAUAAAAUAAAGAGAAAUAUUACAUCAAGUACUUACACUCAAAUGAAUUUAAAUUUAAAGUAGUUAAAAUCUAAGUAUUACUUAGCCUAAUAUUAAUUGCUGAUUAAUAUUUUAUAUGCAUAGGCUAUAACUAUAUUAUGGCAGUCUCCUUUUAAUAAACUAAAUUUUAAUAAAAGGCUACCAUCUUGACAUCUUUAUGCUAACAAUCCCAAACUGUGGCAACAUUGGACUGAGUGGUGUACUGUUAUUAACUGUGUUAUUGUUAGGUUUCUUAACUAUUCAUUUGCUGUCUCGCUACUUUUUGUACUUUCAAUUACUAGUAAUGCUUUAGGCCAUAGGUUUCUCUAGUUAACUUUUAAGAUGUGUUUUUUUUUUAUUAUAAGCUUUAGGGUAAUAGUUUUGAUAUAAAAGUGAUUAUUGUGUUAAAAUAAAGUAUAAUUCUAUAAACUCACUAUUCUUAAACUACUUUAAAACUUGCGUUAAUUUAUUGAGCCCACUUAGCUUAAUUAAAGUUAUUUCAAAGAUGUAAGUAGGUUUACUAUGUACCAUUUUUAUUUAGUGUUUCAAGUUUAACAUCCAAUUUGUUAGGAUAUCUCUUUGAAAGGUCGAAUAGAUUCUGAAAGUUCAUAAGGGGGACAAUUUCAUAACUUAUUACCUCAUUUUAAGCCCAUUUCAUUAACUCAGCAUGAUCUCUUUUAUUCUUUAAACUUUUAUCCAGUUAACAUCCAGGAUUUUGCAUGAUUGCAUCAAGAGUGUAAUUGCUGGUUGAUUUGUACGAUAUUCAUUAUUCAAUAAAGAACCACAGUACACUCUUAUUUAAGCAUACAUUUAUCUACAUCUUUGAUUUAUAUAUUUAUGAACAUUUAUAUAUUGUGAUAUAAUAUUAAGACAUUGACUCUACAGAGAUGUUUUUGUCAUAAAACUCAAUUAUUUUUGUUAUCUAUUUAUUAUAUUUAUCUUUGGUAGUCCAGUUGGAAAUAAUAGAGUUAUGUCAAAAUGUUUUCUCAUUUGUUCUUUCUUCAAUAGGUCUGCUUGACCACUUUAGCCAUGCUGUUCAAUCUACCACCCCGCAGUGCUUGGUAGUUGAAGGUGCCCAAGGGGGCGGCUCAGAGAUGUCGGACCCCCACCAGCCGCACCAUCAUCACCACCACCACCAUCAUAGUCAACAGCAGCAGACUGUAGAUGUGAUAGCCAUGCAAACCAAAAUCCCUAUUACAUUCAGAGAUUCGUCAACAGCCCCUCUUAGGAAGCUUAGCGUGGACUUGAUCAAAACUUAUAAACACAUCAACGAAGUAUAACGUUUUACUUAAUCUUUUAUGUUUUUAGAUUUCAGUGCUGGUAUUCUUUUAAUUUGUAAUGGUGAUGGAGAUAAUUAGAUUUGUAAUAAGCCCAUUGCAAUAGAUUUAUGAAUAUUUAUCUUGAUUUUUCUAACAAGAGUGAUUAUCUUUUAGGUUUAUUAUGCCAAAAAGAAAAGACGGGCUGUAGGUGCAGCUCAAGGAGAUGAGACUGGCAACAAAAAGGGGAAAGUUAAUGCUCACAUAUACAACGAUGGUUAUGAUGACUCAAACCAUGACUAUAUUGUCAAUCCUGGGGAGAAAUGGAUGGACAGAUAUGAAAUAGACUCACUUAUAGGAAAGGGGUCGUUUGGGCAGGUAGGAUUUACCAUGGUGUGCUGUAAAUGACUCACCUUUAAUGAUUUUCAAUAGCUGAAUUGUGAAAAUUUUAUGCUGUUAGUUACUAUAUUUUGGACAACUAUCAGUUAAUAGACAGUUGGAUAAAAUGAAGAUUCCAGCAUUUAAUUAUCAUGUUAUUUUAUCUUUAAAAGCCUUUACAAGGAUUUUUUUUUUUUACUUUCCCAAUUUUUAUGUAAAGAAGUGUCUCAAGGUUAAAAUAAUCUUAAAGCACUUGCUGCAAUCUAUUUCAGUGGUUAUUAGGCAUGUUAAAAUUUGUGAUAUACUUAUCUUUAACUUUUACAUUUAAUUGUUAUGCCCAUUUGGCUAAAAUGCCUUUCUCCCAUCCAUUAUAAAAUUCAUAAAAUUGAGAAACAGUGGGGUGUGGGGGUGUAAGAGACAAAUUGUAAUGUGUCUGUGGGUAAGUUUUUCAUAUUAUGGUUCCAUUAUUUAAGCUAUACAUUUUAUUUGCAUCUGUAGCAAAAUAUAUGGCCAUUUUAAUGGAGUGUUGUUUUUUCUUAUCUAUUUAUUUAAAGGUCGUGAAAGCUUUUGACCAUGUGGACCAAGAGCAUGUUGCCAUUAAAAUAAUUAAAAACAAGAAGCCAUUUUUAAAUCAGGCACAAAUUGAAGUUAAACUUUUGGAAUUGAUGAAUUCUAAUGACAGGGAGAACAAGUACUAUAUAGGUAUUAAACGAAUUCGUGUAGAUUCCAAUUCUUUUUUGUUGUGAAAAUAUUGUGCUUUGAUGUAUAACUAAGGGGUUGUUCGCAAAUUAUGUCAUGCUUGGGGGGUGGGGGGGGCCAAAAAUUGUGAUGUCACACUUUUUUUAAUCUAAAAUGUUCUAAUUUUGAAAAAUCUUUAUUCAGUUAUUUUUAAACAAUAAUUUAAUUUUGGAAUUGCCUCGAAUAUUAUAAAUACCACUUCUGGACAUAUAAAAAAAAAUGACACAAAAACUGUUGUGGCCAUUUUACAUGGGGAGGACUUCAUUGUUUUACGUCACAGUUUUCUAAUAAUACUAUUUUUUAAUCCAUUAUGGGAAAGUGUGAAAGAAUAAAAUAAAAUUUUAGUUCAUUUAUGAAAAUUUUAUGUGUGUUUUGAAUUUUUUUUAGGUGUGACGGGGGGGGGUGGGGGGGGGGGGGGGGAGUCCUGACUGAAAAAUGCAAUUUUUGAUUUUGCAUGAUGUAAUUUUCGAAAGACCGCUAAGUAUAAAAAAAAAAAUAACAAUUUAUAGACCUUAGAUGUUGAUUUGUUUUAUCUGGAUUAUAUUCUAAUAUUGUUUAUUCUACAUGCUUUCAAAUUUUCACAUAAAUAUUUGGAAAUUUUAAUUAAAGCAUUUAAUAUUUUAUUAUUAUAUCAUGAACACUUUAAAAAAUAUUUUAUCCUUGGGUAGUACUGAACAGAUAUUGAAUGUUUUGAAGUGAGUAAAUCUUUUAAAACUUAACAAACAUAAGUACUGUGCAGAUUUUUUUUAUUGAAUUAAUUUUUUUUUAUUUACAGUCCGCCUGAAGCGAAACUUCAUGUUCCGCAACCAUCUGUGCCUUGUGUUUGAACUGCUGUCCUACAACUUGUAUGACUUGCUGAGAAACACAAAUUUCAGGGGUGUAUCCCUCAAUUUGACUCGGAAAUUUGCACAGCAGUUGUGUACAGCACUUCUAUUUCUGGCCACUCCAGAACUUAACAUUAUUCACUGUGAUCUUAAACCUGAAAAUAUUCUUUUGUGCAAUCCAAAACGUAGUGCGAUAAAAAUAGUGGAUUUUGGGAGCUCAUGUCAAAUUGGGCAACGUGUAAGUAUUAAUUGAUACAUACAAUUACAUGAGAGAAAGAUAAAUAAUGUAACAAUAAUCAUCUUGUUGAACUUAUUUUUUUUAUUUUUCUUCAUGGAAGUGUGAGAUCAUAGUAUGUUUUCAUAAGCAUUUAAGGAAGGUGGGGAAAAAAUUGUGUACUGCAGAUUUGUGUCUUUAUAAGCUUGAUAUGAAUUUGUUUUGGUUUUCUGUUUUGCUCACAAAUUUAAAAAGUGUUAUGUGAAUUUUUCCAAAGAUGUUUUAUAUCAAAAACAGUUACCUUACAAAAUUAACCACAUUAAAAACGUUUAGUUUCAUUAAUAAUUAUUGAACAAUGCAUUCUUAAAAAAUGAAAUGAAAAUGGUCCCAGAAAUACAACCUCCACCCUCACAAAAUAUAUGUAUGCAGUAUAUUAAUGUUUAGUACUUAAUAUCUCUUCACAGAUUUAUCAGUACAUUCAAUCAAGGUUUUACCGAUCACCAGAAGUUUUAUUGGGAAUACCAUAUGAUCUUGCAAUAGAUAUGUGGAGCUUAGGUUGUAUUUUAGUUGAAAUGCAUACUGGAGAACCCCUUUUUGCUGGAUCAAAUGAGGUGCAUAAUUUGAAUUUUAUUAAUUUUGUUUUCUUUAGCUAAAAAAUGUAAGCUUUUAUUUAUUAGUGACAGUAAAAGUUUAAAAUCUUCAUUUUUGUGGAUAUAUUUUCAAUUUAAUUUUUAUAUCUGAACUGUCAAAAAUUAAUUCUACAUUAAGCAUAAUCAAAAUAAUUUUUUUAGUCCAAUAAAAUAAUAUAGCGCUCUGUAAUUUAAUCAUCUUUUAUAUAUUUCCAAAGACUUUUUUAAAACUGUCAAUUAAUUAGUAUUGACUAUUUUUGUUUAAAUAUAGUUUGACCAGAUGAUGAAAAUUGUUGAAGUGCUGGGCAUUCCACCUAAACAUUUAUUGGACCAGGCUCAAAAGACAAGGAAGUAUUUUGAACAAUUGCCGGAUGGUUCUUAUGUCCCCCGAAAGUCAAAAGAUAACAAAAAAGUAUGUUUUGUUUCUUUGAGUCAUGCUCUCUCUUUAAUUUUGCUUAUUUGUUUGGCAUUCUUAAAAAUAUUAAAUAUUGUAAUAGAUACUUUCUUUUUUUUUAUCUCCUAUAAAAAUUAAAAAUUUAAAUAUUAUUUUACAGUAUAAAAGCCCACAAUCGAGAAAGCUUCAUGAAAUAUUAGGAGCAGAUACAGGAGGGCCUGGUGGUAGACGAGCAGGAGAAGUGGGUCAUAGUGUAGCAGACUACCUCAAAUUCAAGGACCUAAUACUUCGCAUGUUGGACUAUGAUCCCAAAGGUCGAAUCACACCAUAUUACGCCCUGCAACAUAACUUUUUUAAGAAGACGUCAGAUGAAAGUACAAAUACCAGCAAUAGCACCUCAACUAGUCCUGCUAUGGAGACAAAUGCAGGCAGUCCCACAGGUAAGGCAGGCUGUUUUUUCUAACUUUUUCAAUAUGAUCACAUAUUUACCUUUUCUUUAUAUAAUAUUUUUUUUAUUUUCCAAAAUUAUAUUUAUUAAACAAUAGAGUGCAUUAUUUUUAUUGUAAUAUUUUUCCAGUGUAAUCUGAUAUUAUGGUAAUGUUAUUGAAAUAAAGAUUAAGGAUCUGCUAUAUUUUUACUCAUCUCAAGAAUUCUUUUAUGUUGGUUUAAAAGUGAUUACCAUGGUAUAGCUGUAGCAAAAUUUAAUGGACUAAUAAUAUAACUGUUAAUUGCUUCUGGCUCUUUAUGAAAGAGCUGGAGGUGAAACUUUGUUUAUAGUCCAAGUACUUGUAUUUUGCUUGUAUACUUAUAUUUAAUCAAUGCAUUUUACAAAAUUUGGUUACCUAGCACUGUCUCAUGGAUUUGCUCUUAUUACUGAUGACAACCAAUAAGAUAUUGGUUUUUUAAUAUUUUUUUUUUUAAAGGAGAGAGUAAGCUUCAUGACCUUUAAAUAAAUACAUUAGUAAAUGUGAUAAAUCAACAUGCAUUUUAAAUGUAAAAAUAACUACUGUGUCUGGGCAACAUUUCAGAACACAUUCCACUUGCCAAAUUCCAUUACUCCUUGUAGCUGUUGCUUAGCAGAUAGUUACUACUACAAAUACUACUACUAAAGCAGUCAAAUGUGUGCAUGGUAUAUUUAAGGUUAAAAACUUCUAACAGAGAGCUCUCUAUAGUAAAUAUCAAUAAGUAAGGGUUUAAUCAAUUAAUUUUUUUUUUAAUUGAAUUUUAAAAGAUAAAACAUUUUUUACUCUCUUUUGGCGCAACAAAUACAAUUUAAAUUAUCCAUUAUACCAAGAAAUUUUCCUUAAAUUUGUCUGAAUAUAGCAUUAUUUAAUUGUCUGAAAUGUUAAACUUCUUGGUAACUCCUAUGGUAUGCUCUCGUUAGUUUUCUACAUACAAGUUUAAAAUUUCUUGUUGAGUAUUCUGUAUUGAUUACAUUUUUUCAUCUUAAAUAAUGGUAAAAAAAUAUUGACAUUACUGCAUAGUGUUAUUAGAUAAAUUUUUAUAACUGAGAGCAAAAAAUAGUCUUACUGAAAGUGAGGCAUUUUAAUUACUGGAGAAUGAUUUGAACUACCCUAAACAAUAGGUGAACAUUUAUCUCUUUUUUUUUUCUUUUAAAGUAUUAUCAUUUAAGUCUCAGAAUGUUUCUUUUUAUGAUCUGUGUCUACCUGAUAAUUACAUUCAUUUUAUUCUGUCAUUCCUUUCUUAUUUACAAAGUAAAGGUGACAUAAUUUUUUAACAAGUGUGGAUUUUCAUGUGGGUUAUUCAUUAGGUUGUCCUGAAAUAGUACUUACUCAAAAUUAAAUUAAUUUUAAAUAUUUAAUUUUAAGUUUGAUUAUUUAGAUUAUGAUUAUGUACAUGGUUUAGAAACCCUUUUAUAUUAAGAAUUAUUUGGUGCUGGUGAUUUUUAAUGUCUGAGUUGAAGAAGAAGAAAAAAUGUUUAAUAAUUUGUAGAUAAUUUUUUGCUUGGCAUUCUUAAGCCUGUGUUCUUCUGAAAAUAAUAGCUAUCAGGGAGAAAUCUCUUAAGUUUUAAUUAAUACCUCAUUAGCAAUAAUAAAAUAUUCAUAUAUUUCAAAUACAAAAAAAUGCUAAAAUUAAGACGAUAUUGUGUAAAACUUUGAUUAAGAGGGGUUCAUGUCGCCUGAUAUAAAUGCUCAAAUUGUUGUCAAUUUGAUCAUAAGGUGCUUUUUCUUUGUGUUAAAAAAAAAAAAUGUGCAUGGUUUCAUAGACCUGAAAUUGUUGCAGGAUCGCUGUUGAGUUGAUUAAGUUGGAUAUUGUUGGUAUGUUAUUCCUCAUACUUAAAUGUAUUUAGAGGAUUUAAAAGCAAUAAUCACACUUCUUUCAUGCAAAAUUUGUAAACAAAGCAAUGAUAAAAAGAAACAACAUUUAAGUUGGUGACAAUACAAUUUUAAAAUGACUAUUCUCUUAUUUAUUGUGCUUAAAUAACGACCUGUCUUAAUAUAGCAAAUAAAUUACUCAAACAAUUAUCAACAUAUUAAAUUAACUUUAUGAUAACAUUGCCAAACUACUUCUUAAUUUAUUCUCGAACAGGCAUAUUCACAAUUCUCUUUGUUUUGAUGUUCACACAAUCACUACCAGUACUAAUCCCUGGUUAUUCAUUGGAAGAAAUUUGUUAAAUAAAUUUUCAAAAUUAUAAAUAUUCAUUGUUUUAACAAGUAGCAAAUUUUAAAAAUCAUAAACUGAGAGGAUUAACUUUGAGAGUUAUAUUUUUAAUGGAGUAGCUAUUGGUCAUUGUUCAUAAACUGGGUGUUCAAAUUUAUACUACCAUUAGACAGUAUUAUUUAAGGUUUAAGAAGCUAAAAAGUUGAUAGCGUUAAAUGUUGUAAAUAUAUGUUGGCUCCUCAAUGAGCCCACAGCCCAUAACGCCAUCUCCAUCUUUGUCUAUUUAUAGAUACGUUGUUCCACCCACCUCAACCCCCGAGACAAAGUGACUCAUUCUCUAGACACCGCGCUCAGUAGGGGGGACAUGGCCAAUAGCUGUCAAACGUAGGUACUUAAGACAGUGUUCCCAGAUUGUUAAUUUAACACAAUUCACCCCCAUUAAAAAGAUAUAAAUUUGAAACCAUUUCUCUGAUUUGAAUUCUUUUUUGUAGAGUACAUAAAAAAGUGCAGUGUCAAAUGAAAUUGUAAGUUUAAUUUGAAUCUGAGAACACUUCUUCCUACCAAGCAUUCGCCGACUUUAAUUUAAAAUCAUAUAACUAGGGCAGUAAUUUUUUUAAAAAAAUGUUCUAGUUUUGAUAUAAAAAGUUGCAAUGAAAAACAUUUUUAUCUGUCAUUUUUAUUGUAGGGAAAGCUUACGUAAACAUGUAUAAUUGAAUACAUGAUAAUCAUAUACAAUAUCUCUUACACCAAACAAACCUAUUCAUUUUUAUUUCUUUUUAUUCUUCAGCUUAAUUUUUUUUUUUUUUUUACAGUUACAUAUAUUUUUCUCUUAUAUUCAUUUCCCAUUUUUAUAAUUGUAUUAUUUUUUAUAAUUAAUACAACAUUUUUUAUCAUUGAAAAAUGUUUGUUAUUUCUUCUUAACUUUCAUCAGAUUUCUUUUCUGCUUUUUUUUUUAUUUUUAUUUUUUUUUAUUUUUUAUAUUAAUUUUUUUUUUUUUUUUACAGUUACAUAUAUUUUUCUCUUAUAUUCAUUUCCCAAUUAUAUAAUUGUAUUAUUUUGUAUAAUUAAUACAACAUUUUUUAGCAUUGAAAAAUGUAUGUUAUUGCUUCUGAACUUUCAUCAGAUUUCUUUUCUGCAUUUUAUCAAUUUUAUGAAAUAAGUUUUUAAAAAAAAAAAAAUUGGCAAUAGUGAGAUUUUGCUCUCUUGGAAUAAGCAUCCUUAGAUAUAGCAUGGUUUGCUCAACUACUAGUCAAGCAUUGUUUGCUCAACUACUAGUCAAGCAUUGUUUGCUCAACUACUAGUCUAGCAUGGUUUGCUCAACAGUAGUCUAGCAUUGUUUGCUCUAUCCUCCUUAAACUGAGAAGAUAUGUUUUUAAAAUGUUACACACAAUUUUUCAUGAUCUAUUUCUCAAUCCAUUCUUUAAAUUUAACCUGUCAUGUUGUUUACAUUUUAAAAAGUAUAUAUUUCUCAGGAGAUUUUAUUAUGCUAAAUAAGUAUCAACUGAUAAUUACUUUUUGACUAUCUAUAAGUAAUUUAGCUAAUGCUUUAAUUUUAGUGUGGCAAAAUGCAUAUCAAAGUGUAUUUUCUUUAUAAAUAAAAUAAUCUAAAAUAAAAUUCUAUAUUUUCUCCAGUUGCUGGUCAGUCAUGUGGUCGGGCUCGGUCUGACCCCACCCAUCAGCACCACAGUCUCAUGCUGUCACAUCCCCAAAUUGGGGCAGCUGCUGGUGGAUGUGGUGUUAGCAGCAAUGCAGCUGGGAGUCAGACUCUACCUCACCAUCAACAGUCUCUACUUCAGGAAGAUAGCAGUUCACUUGGACUUAACCCAUCUCACUUCUCCUCUAUGGACUGUGAAAGUCCAUCGUCAUCUUCCCUCAGUCAGUCUAGACCACCUCCUGCUCAUCAGCAUAGGAGUAAUGGAUCGAGUAUGCAACAAGGUGGAGGCAGCAGUCGGCACAGUUCUCACCAGCAACAGGCUCAGCACCAUCAACACCCACACUAUCAGCCACAGCACAAUCCAGUGAACAACGUGCACAGCUGGAGUGGGACAGAUUCUGGGCUGGCUCGUCAUAUGGCAGGAGGAGGAGCCCAGCAGAUAAAUCUGCCAUCCAACUCAGGAGUUGUUCUAGGAAGCGUUAUAUUCACUCAACCAAGUGCCCAUCCAUACAUGGGUAGAAAUCAACAGCCCUCUUCCUCCUCUACCUCCUCUUCCUCAUUACAUCAUGCAGGCCUCAUAUCCCCCUCUUCCACUGUGAUCAUUGGCAAUACCAUGUAUGAUACUUCAGCAGUUCCACUUACAAUUCACAGGGCACUGGGACACUUUGAUUCACAGCAAGUUCUACUUUCGUCUUCUUCAUCGUCCCUCUCGUCUUCCAAUCUUCCUGUGGAUCUGUCCAAUAUUUCAGCUCUGCACAGUGGUUCUGCUCAAAGUCUCAUUUCUGUUCCCAGUCAGCACCAUCACCACCUUCACUCGCAGGUGCAGCAAAACGUUCCACAGCAACAUUCACUGAUCACUAGCCCCACAAUGCUUGUUGGACCCUCGUCUGGAUUACCCACAGCAAUUGGUGUGCCAGCAGAACUUGUCAGCACAAGUGCUCAACCUCUGAGUAUAGCAUCAUUGGGAUACUCGUCUCAGUUUGCUAAUUUUCCCCAACAGACUUGGCAGCAGCCUUCUGUUAGUGCUGGAUAUCCCUUUACCAUUGGAAGUACUGCUGCACCAGUUGGUCAUGACAAUGCAAGUGUCCAAAGAACUCACAGUGCCUCAGAGAGAGGGGAUGAGUCACCUAUGGUUGGUGUCUGCAUUCAACAAAGUCCAGUGGCCAGCCAUUGAUGCAACUGCUACAUUAGCUUGUUUAUUGCACUGCCGCUAAGGCUUGGAUUUACCAUUUUGAUGUGACACAUUGCUCAUACGUACAUGCCACAUUAUUUAUAUGUAGCAAAUUUUAACUGGCUCACAGGCUGUCCUGAUCUGUUUUAUAUAAGGAUAGGAACCUAGUUACUGAAUGUUUCUCUGCAAGGCAGAGGAUUUAAAACUCUUUCCCUCUGUUACAAAAGUAAUAGAUUACUUGCGCCCAUGCAAUCAGAGUGUGCUUAGAGUUAAACUUGUUUAUUUACAGUAUUUCAUUGAUUUUCAAGCAUUUUUGGAUCUUUCUGAAA